CCUUUUUCCCAUCAAAAUAUUAGAGCAAGAGCCUCGGCGACGGAGAAAGGAGGUGGAAGACGCAGCUCUUGGCUUGCCCAAACAUCCACAAACGCGAGAUUUGGGGAAGAAAAAGAAACAGCUAAUGGGGUCUUCCAUCGAAAGAUUGGGCAAUUCUUUGAUCCAAAAAUCGCCUCUCCUUCCUUACGCUCGAACGCUUCGAGGGGAGCAGAGCAAGCUCUUCUUCCCCUCUGCUCCGUCUCCGUUGAGACAAAGGCGUCUUGAUGGGGUGAAGAGAGUCGUGAGAGCUCCGGUGGCGGCGGCGGUCACAGAGAGAGUGGUGAAGGUGGUGGGAGAGAAGGCAGUGACGUUUAAGGUUCGAGCAGCGUUGACGGUGAGGAGGAAGAAAGAGGAGGAUUUCAAAGAGAAAAUCGCAAGCCAGCUCGAUGCCUUCUCGGAUAAGAUUGGCAGGAACGUCGUUUUGGAGCUCGUCAGCACUGAGAUCGAUCCAAGGACACAAAGGCCUAAGAAAAGCAAGAAGGCAGUGCUCAGGGACUGGUUUGAGAAGAAGAAGGUGAAGGGGGAGAGGGUGGUGUACACAGCUGAAUUCAUGGUGGACUCCAGCUUCGGCACGCCGGGAGCCAUCACGGUGCUGAAUAGGCACCAGCAGGAGUUCUUCUUGGAAAGCAUAGUCGUCGAGGGCUUCGCCUGCGACCCUGUCCACUUCUCUUCCUACUCAUGGAUCCAACCCACCAAAAUUCACCCCACCAAGAGGGUCUUCUUCAGCAACAAGCCAUAUCUGCCAUCAGAGACACCUCCUGGCCUGAGGGAAUUCAGGGAAAGUGAAUUGAAGGAGCUAAGGGGCGACGGGACCGGCGAGAGGAAGCUCACCGACAAAAUUUACGACUACGAUACGUAUAAUGACUUGGGCAACCCUGAUAAGGGAUUCGAGUAUGCGAGGCCGGUCCUCGGAGGAGAAGAAAUGCCAUAUCCAAGGAGAUGUAGAACAGGGAGGCCUCCAACCAAUACAGAUAUGCACGCCGAGAGCAGAGUGGAGUAUCCAACGCCAAUAUAUGUGCCUCGUGAUGAAGCAUUUGAGGAGGGGAAGCAAGAGAUGUUGUCCGAAGGUGCGCUGAAAGCAUUGCUCCACAACCUCGUGCCAUCCUUGGUCGCGUCCAUUUCUCCGGAGAGCCAUGACUUCAAGGCCUUCCACGACAUCGACAACCUCUUCAAAGAGGGCCUUCGCUUGAAGAAGACCUUACAGGACCAACUUUUCCAUAAGAUUCCAUUUGUGAGCAAGAUUGAAGAGUCGAGCGAGGCCCUACUCCGAUUUGACACCCCAGCCAUCAUAUCAAAGGACAAGUUUGCGUGGCUGCGCGACGACGAGUUCGCUCGGCAAGCACUCGCUGGCAUCAACCCCGUCAACGUAGAGCGGCUUCAGGUAUUCCCUCCUGUUAGCAAGCUCGAUCCGGCCAUGUAUGGUCCUCCUGAAUCUGCCAUCAAAGAGGAACACAUUAUUGGCCAUCUCAAUGGCAUGUCAGUCCAACAGGCAUUGGAGGAGAACAAGCUCUUCAUCUUGGAUUUCCAUGAUGUUUACCUCCCAUUUCUUGACCGGAUCAAUGCGCAGGAUGGAAGGAAAGCCUAUGGUACAAGAACUCUUUUUUUCCUCAGUCCACUUGGGACUUUAAAGCCAAUAGCCAUUGAGCUCAGUCUCCCACCAGCAACCCCUGGUUGUUCAAGGGCGAAACGUGUCUUCACACCACCCACUGAGGCCACCAGCAACUGGCUCUGGCAACUCGCCAAGGCCCACGUCUGCUCCAAUGAUGCUGGGGUCCACCAACUUGUCAACCAUUGGUUGAGGACACAUGCAUGCAUGGAGCCCUUCAUAAUAGCAGCGCAUCGACAACUAAGUGCCAUGCAUCCCAUCUUCAAGCUGCUCAAGCCUCACAUGCGUUACACACUAGAGAUCAAUGCUCUUGCUCGGCAAAUCCUCAUCAGUGGUGGUGGAGUCAUCGAGUCCGGCUUCACCCCUGGAUCGUGCUGCAUGGAAAUGAGUGCCUCGUUCUAUAAAAACCAUUGGCGUUUCGACCAAGAGGGCCUCCCUGCUGAUCUCAUCAGAAGAGGCAUGGCCAUAGAGGACCCUAGCCAACCCCAUGGGCUAAAGCUUCUCGUGGAGGACUACCCCUACGCCAACGAUGGCCUCCUCAUUUGGUCCGCCCUCCAGACCUGGGUCCGGACCUACGUCCAGGCCUACUACCCGAACCCCCACGUCGUCCAAGCCGACACCGAGCUCCAAGCCUGGUACGCCGAAGCCGUCCGCGUGGGCCACGCCGACAAGAGCGGCGCCGACUGGUGGCCCCGGCUCGGCUCCCCCGCCGACCUUGCCUCCCUCCUCACUACCCUCCUCUGGCUCGCGUCGGCUCAGCACGCCGCGCUCAACUUCGGCCAGUAUCCGCUCGGCGGCUACAUCCCGAACCGGCCGCCUCUCAUGCGCCGGCUCGUCCCCGCCGAGGGCGACCCCGAGUACGACAACUUCCUCGCAGAUCCACACCGAUUUUUCCUCUCCGCGCUGCCGAGUUUGACCCAGGCGACGACAUUCAUGACGGUGAUCGACACGCUCUCGACGCACUCGGCGGACGAGGAGUACCUCGGGGAGCGCCGGGAUUCGUACACGUGGACGGGGGACGCCGAGAUGGUGGACGCGUGGCACGCGUUCGCCGCGGAGGUGAGGCGCGCCGAGGAGGAGAUCGCGAGGAGGAACGCUGACCCGGCGAGGAGGAACCGCUGCGGCGCCGGGGUUUUGCCGUAUGAGUUGCUGGCGCCCAGUUCGCCCCCUGGGAUCACGUGCAGGGGAGUGCCCAACAGCGUCUCCAUUUGAGCUGAGCGCUUCUCCUUCUUUUAAUUAACUUGAUAAAUGGCUCCAAUUCUUUUUCCUUUUUUAAUGACAAGGAAGGAGAGCUUUUGGGCCAUUUCUGUGUAUCGUAUUGCGGUGUAAAUAUGCAAUAAGACUACUUGUAUAAUGGAAGAGCCAAGAGAGAUGUUAUUAUAGCAAUGUAAUUAGUUGUGGGCAAGAUGAUGACUACAUUAGUCAGUCAUUAAUUACAAAAUACAUUUUAUCCCAAAAAAUUAUGUGCA